AUGCAAGAGGUCAUUGCGGGGCUGGAGCGGUUCACCUUCGCCUUUGAGAAGGAUGUCGAGAUGCAGAAGGGCACUGGGUUCCUGCCUUUCCGGGGCAUGGACAAGUCGGGAUCAGGUGUGUGCAACUUCUUCACUAAAGGGCUCUGUGAGAAAGGGAAGCUCUGCCCAUUCCGGCAUGACCGCGGGGAGAAGAUGGUGGUGUGUAAGCACUGGCUCCGGGGCCUGUGCACGAAGGGCGACCACUGCAGAUUCCUGCACCAGUAUGACGUCACCCGCAUGCCUGAGUGCUACUUCUACUCCAAGUUCGGUGAUUGCAACAACAAGGAGUGUCCCUUCCUCCACGUGAAGCUUUCUUUCAAGUCCCGGGACUGUCCUUGGUAUGACCAAGGUUUCUGCAAGAAUGGACCUUUGUGUAAAUACCACCAUGUCCGCAGAAUAAUGUGUCUCAACUACUUAGUUGGCUUCUGCCCUGAGGGACCCAAGUGCCAAUUUGCCCAUCCCAGGAUGGAUCUUUUAUUCAACCCGAGUCACAGACAGGUGAGUCCUGUCAGCCAGCCAUGGGGUUCAGCACCUCCUGCUUCUGCUGCCGAAGCUCGUAAGCCCCCUGCCCCGACAGAGCGCCUGCUUUCCUACCAGGAGGCCUGA